AUGAACCGCUGGAAAGAGAGAAGCAGUCGAGUCCCUUCCUUCCUUCCCCACUCGCGACUCGACUCUUCUCUCUUUUCUCGCAGAAACAACAAGGGCACCAAGGAGGAGCAGGAGGAGAGGAACACCGAGAAGAACAAGGCCUCCAAAGGCACAUCUAUCCCCAUCCAUCCCUACCCCGAUUCCUCCUCCUCCCUUGCUCACCUCACCAUCCAAUCCCCAUCUGAUCUGACUUCGUCCGUUGAUUUCGUCUCUGUGUUUGCUUGCAGGCAGCUAGCUGGAGACCAACAAGAAGGCCAUGAACAUCCAGAUCCAGUGAAGGAGCCACCACAAGCCAGAUCUGGGAGGUGGAGGCCGGUCAUGCCCAUCUCCAGUGGCAGCGGGGGUCGUGGCUCUCCCUCCUAUGUGGAGGCCGAUUGGUUCCAGCGUGAGAAGGUCGAUUAGAGCGGAUCCAUGGACGACGACGGCGACGACCCUGACCGGCGGCGCUAGAGUUUCUCUGCGGCGGCGGCAACAACCUGGAUGGGCUCGUCGGGCCCCUAGAUGGGCUCGGCGGGCCUAUCUAGGUUUUUUUUGUUUUUUUAAAUCAUUAAC